ACGCAUCGAGGAAUAGGCGCUAGUAGUCAACGAUAGGAAUCAGCGUAGCUUGAGGUAUUGCUAGAGCGAACAAGCGCGAGGGAGCAAGCAACGCCAUUUUCUCGAUUCGCGGGUGAAGACUGCGUGCAGUGUGUGAAUCAUUUGGCAAAGUUUUUUCACGUUUCUGCUUAACGACGUCGAAAUUACGAGCUGUCCAACGGCUCUGGUGCAUUUAUCAGUGUUAUGUAUAGACACGCGGCCAGCUGUACGGUAGAUAUGGUGAGUUCAGAGAGAUCGAAGCGCUCCCGGGAGACGUGACGUCUUGUCAGUCGGCCUUUUCCCAUUCCCCCUUCUCGGUGAGCUCCCGCAGGGAUGGGUCGUGCAGAGUUGUCGCUUAUGAUAACGUAACACAGACUAAACGGUUAACGGAGCGUUCGUUCGAAAUUCUUGUCAGCUACGAUUUUACGUGUAAUAAAAAGAGUCUUGAAGGAAUCAGGAGUCCGUAGAAUGUAUGGUUCGAGCCAAUGGGCGGAGGUUUAGGGCGGCACAUGGCUGUUGGGGCGCCGGCUGUGCAGGGGGUGGUUUUCCCGACGCUAGUUCGAACUGACGAAAAUUUACCGUUCUUGUCAGUCACUGUACUGUGUGCGUAUGUAUCUUUUAAUCGAGAUCGCGUGUAAUUGCGGCCGGUCACGGUUCGGAUAACAAGUUCAUAGUGACAGUGGAAAGAGAAGUACUCCGUUAUAUGUCUCGAUUUUCUUACCGAAGAGAAGAAGCAACUGGAGGCUUCAGCCUUUCGCGGAUUACGCGCGUCUCUCGUGUGCUGUUCUGCAUUUUCUUCACGUAAAGCUCGGACAAAGGAACCAGCAGUGAUCACGGACGAUUCUCUUCGAAGAGAAAUAUUUGGCUAUCUUUGUGUUGCUGCGAACCAACUACAACGGGCAACGUCUCUAGAAAGCGGUGAGUGAUCUUUGAAGGGAAGGUAAAAGGCAAGUGGAAAGAAAAUGCCACUUCCAAAGCGACUAGUGGAGCCGGUGCUCGUCGCACGCGGUACUAUUCCCGAGAAUUUUCCUCUGCCCUCGGAGUUAGAGGCUGUAACGAAUGGCACGCUGGCCAACACGAUCAGGCAAUUGUCUAGUCUGUCCAGGCACGCCGAGGAUCUGUUCGGUGAGCUCGCGAGGGAAGCUCAUGGAUUGAGCGAUAGGGCCAACUCCUUGCAAGCCAGGAUAGAUCGAUUAGCUGUGAAAGUUACUCAGCUUGACAGUAACGUCGAGGAAGUCUCGUUACAAGAUAUACACAUGAGGAAAGCGUUUAAGAGUUCAGUGGUGUUCGACCAACAAGUUGUUUCCAGGGACACCAUGCCAACGGCGAUGUUAGAAACUUAUCAUCAAUGUGACACACCACCACCUCUUGAUAAACUUAAUGUUUAUAGGGAGGACGGUAAGGAUGGACUGAAAUUUUACACAGAUCCGAAUUAUUUCUUCGAUCUCUGGAGUCAGGAAAUGCUGAAGGAUACGGAAAAGAAGUUACACGAUCGAGGGAAAAAGACCGAGUCUGAAUAUGCCGAACCGUUCAGAGAGCCUCAUAGGCCUCGGAACGAGGGUGGUGGUGGUGGCGGUGGCAGGCAUAAGAAGCGUAUAAGGCAACCGCAUAAUACGAGAGAAAGGCAAAGACAGUUAGCCGUUGGUCAUGGCGAGUACAUUAUGCCAACGCAAGGUGUUCAAUACAGAGCACCUCACAAUAUACCUGAUGAAUCGUUACUGGGAAUGGUGAUGACCGAACCACGGCCACCUAGGCCAAACAGCAUUGAACUUAGACGAAGUUAUCCACCGGAGGAGCAACAUCUGUACAGUCCUCCUUCUUCCGAUCAUUAUAGGGUGGCAAAUUACGUGGCUCAGGGCUAUGAAGACAACUUGUACGGCUCACAUUAUGGCACAGGUCAAGGGCAAGCGGGUAGCGAAACGUACCAGAGUCCUGGUGGUCAAAGUACUCCAAGCAGAAGUGGUAGAUCACGACCAUCGCAACCACCACCAGCUCCGCCAAGCAAUACUUCUAGCAAUUCGACACCUACUGUAGCCUCUGCUAACAAUACUCCAACACGAGGAAGAUCGAUGAGUACUGGUAGAGAUACCCUACCACCACCACCUCCGCCUCCUGGUGAAACCAUGUCCUCUCCUCCUAUGAAUGGUUCAAUACCGUCACAUCUACUGAAUAGGAACGGAAGUCGCUCGAAUAGUCCGCUACCCAGUCAUCACUCUACGCCUACUCCUCCAAAUCAUUCGACACAAAUAGGAACAGAUGAGACCGACCCUGCUCCGCAAGACUUGCCACCUCCACCUCCGACUCCUGAUCCCACACCACCUAGACCUAUUUCUCCACCGUGUAAUAUUCCACCUCCACCUCCACCACCUCCGCCACCGCCUGUUGUUAACGGACCAUCGCCCCCUGUGCCAUUGACCAAUGGCGAUAUUGCUAAAAUGAUAGCAACUAACCCACCCAAGUUGAAACCCCUGAAACCUUUGAAGAACAUCGUGGAUGGACAAUUGAGGAAGCCUGUUAAUCCGAACAUCCCCCUUGUCGAUCCGCGGAAUGAUCUACUUAAAGCAAUUAGAGAUGGAAUAAAAUUACGUAAAGUAGAGAAGAUUGAACAGAAGGAAGUGGAACGUGUGAACGCAUUGAACGAUGUCGCAUCCAUAUUGGCACGACGCGUUGCUGUCGAGUUCAGCGACAGUGACUCAGCAUCGGAGAGCGAAUGCGAUAGCGAGGGAUGGGGCGAGCAGGAAACGAAUCUCGCGUGACCCAGCUCACUUCCAUCUACCGCAACUGCCUCCUAGAAAAAUGGCUGACGAUUCUUUCGUUUCGUUCGUUUUCAACGAAAGUUCCAAUUCUGUUGCUCGUCGCACAAGCAACACGCUUUGUUUGCGCAUAGAUGUCGAAUAGAAAUAACAUGAUCCGACGAUUGAUGUAAUUGGUGUAUAACGAAGAGGCACUGAAUUUGAAAGUAGAAACAAAAUCAGCGAAUUUCGUUGCUCAAGAGAGCAUACAAACGCGAAUUAUUAUAAGUAAUAUCAUUAAAAGUAUAACUGUGUAGCACUAUAACAGUGGUUAUUUUUAUUAUAUAUCAUUUUAGCACCUUUAACAAAAAUAUUUUCUUUUUUGUCACGAACAAAUAUUUAAUAAUUUUUUUUGUAUAAACUAAAUAAAAAGAAAUUUGUUUUCACGUUAAUUACAAGCUCACUUUAUAGCAUGUAUCUAUCUGAAGACUAUGAUAGAAAGAAACAUUUAGCUUUUCUCAGACGAUUCUAGGAAUCGUCAGCCAGAGAUCUUUUAUUUAUUGAAGGAGAGUCUACAAAGUGCAUGUAACAAGAGUUUAAGAGUUCGUGUAAAUUUAGACUAUUUUUGAGGAGCUAUAUAAAAUACACUUUUCCUUUACAUACA